AGUUAGCCACAGGACAAUUCACCCCGCUUCCCAACUCUCUGCCAUUCUCGCAGUCAAAAUUUCCUUUCAACGCUCAAACCUAAAACGACACCGUCUUCUUACUUACCUCUCGUUUAAACCGGACCUCAGAACAAAUUGAUGCAUCAAAACUCUAGAACUCGAUCUCCCCAAUUCUACAAUGGCAAUCGCAAGAACUGGAGUUUACGUCGACGACUACUUGGAGUAUGCAAGUACAUUGCCAGCUGAGCUUCAAAGACUUCUCAAUACGAUCAGAGAACUCGAUGAAAGAUCCCACUCAAUGAUAAAUCAGACAAGGCAGCAGACAAGGUACUGCUUGGGAAUGGCAAAACAGGGUACUAGGAAAGGGAAUGGUUAUAAUGGUAAUGAAGAAGAGGAUUCUAUGGAGAAAACACAAAAAGAUAUUGAAGCAACUCAGGAUAAUGCAUUGAAUUUAUGCACAGAGAAGGUUUUGUUGGCACGGCAAGCUUAUGACCUUCUAGAUGGCCAUAUAAAACGACUUGAUGAGGAUUUGCACAACUUUGCAGAAGAUCUAAAGCAAGAGGGUAAAAUACCACCAGAUGAGCCAGCAAUUCUUCCACCAUUACCCAUUAUUCCUAAGAUUGAGAAACGCAAGUUCUUCUAUGGAACACCACAAUCAAAGAGAAUUGAUUUCAGGGAUAGGGAAUGGGACCGAGAGCGGGAUAGAGAUUUUGAGCUGAUGCCACCUCCAGGUAGCCAUAAGAAGGAGUUCACUGCUCCCAUGGAUGUUGAUCAACCCAUUGAUCCAAAUGAACCUACGUACUGUGUUUGCCAUCAGGUGUCAUUUGGAGAUAUGAUUGCUUGUGACAAUGAAAAUUGCCAAGGAGGUGAAUGGUUCCACUACUCGUGUGUUGGACUUACGCCAGAGACUAGAUUUAAAGGAAAGUGGUAUUGUCCAACCUGCAGACUGCUUCCCCAAUGUCAGUGAUUCUACAUAUUGUAGAUUUAAAUCGUACUAGUGAAAUAUUUAUUUGUGUUGUUUCAUAAUCUCCUUCAUCUGGAAAGAGAAUUAUUUUCUGUAACUUGAUCGGUGCAGUUAAGUUUGUGAUCUGAAAGUUGUCAUCUAAUGAAGUUGGAAAAGAAAAAGGAAAAUAUAAGAGACAAAUGAAGAGAAAAAUCAAAUCACAGAAGUUUUCCUA